CCCCCCUCCCCACCGCACACCCCCCAGCCCAGACUCCGGCCCUGGACCGCGCAUCCCAAGCCUUGCGCCCAGAAGGAGUCUCUGUGUCUCUGUCUCAGGCAACCGUGGAUCUCUUUGUCUGUCUCCGCCUCUCCCAUAUAUUAGAAACAUCUCACUUUCAUGAGGUUGGGAUGAAGAGGCUGGAGGGCCGGCUAGCUGGAGGUCUGCGUGGUAGAGAGGGAACUCCAGUGUCCUCACACUCUCCUCUGAGACACCAUGUUCAACCCGAUGACCCCGCCGCCAGUCAGUAGCUAUGGCGAGCCCUGCUGUCUCCGGCCCCUCCCCAGUCAGGCCCCCAGCAUGGGGACAGAAGGACUGCCUGGUCUGCCCUUCUGCCACCAGGCCAACCUCAUGUCUGGCCCCCACAGUUAUGGGCCAGCUAGAGAGACCAACAGCUGCACCGAGGCCCCACUCUUCCCUCCUCCCCGAGGUUCAGUCAAGUUGACCAAGAAGCGGGCACUCUCCAUCUCGCCUCUGUCAGACGCCAGCCUGGAUCUGCAGACAGUUAUCCGCACCUCACCCAGCUCCCUUGUGGCCUUCAUCAACUCACGCUGUGCAUCUCCCGGGGGCUCCUAUGGUCACCUCUCCAUCGGCACCAUGAGCCCCUCUCUGGGAUUCCCACCCCAGAUGAAUCACCAAAAAGGGACCUCGCCUUCCUUCGGGGUCCAGCCCUGUGGUCCCCAUGACCCCACUCCAGGUGGGAUGAUGCCGCAUCCUCAGUCCCGGGGACCCCUCCCAGCUUGCCAGUGCAGUCUGAGGAGGAAGUCUCUUCCAAACCCAGGGGUUCCAGCUGCUUGGGUGGGGGCACUCAGGGCAGGAAGACCUGGCUGGGCUCCCUCUUCCUUCUGCCCACUUCUACCUUCAUCACCCUCACCUCUUCCCUUGGGGAAGCUGAAGUCUGAGCUGGACCUGCUGGUUAGCAAGUGCCCAGAGGAGCCCUUGGAGGGCGAUAUGUCCAGCCCCAACUCCACAGGCACACAGGAUCCCCUGCUGGGGAUGUUGGAUGGGCGGGAGGACCUGGAGAGAGAGGAGAAGCCUGAGCCUGAGUCUGUGUAUGAGACUGACUGCCGCUGGGAUGGCUGUAGCCAGGAAUUUGACUCCCAGGAGCAGCUGGUGCACCACAUCAACAGUGAGCACAUCCAUGGGGAGCGGAAGGAGUUCGUGUGCCAUUGGGGGGGCUGCUCCAGGGAGCUGAGGCCCUUCAAAGCCCAGUACAUGCUGGUGGUGCACAUGCGCAGACACACGGGGGAGAAGCCACACAAGUGCACGUUUGAGGGGUGCCGGAAGUCAUACUCACGCCUCGAAAAUCUGAAGACGCACCUGCGGUCACACACGGGUGAGAAGCCGUACAUGUGUGAGCACGAGGGCUGCAGUAAAGCCUUCAGCAAUGCCAGUGACCGAGCCAAGCACCAGAAUCGGACCCACUCCAAUGAGAAGCCGUAUGUUUGUAAGCUCCCUGGCUGCACCAAACGCUACACAGAUCCCAGCUCGCUCCGGAAACACGUCAAGACAGUGCAUGGUCCUGAUGCCCAUGUGACCAAGCGGCACCGAGGAGACGGCCCCCUGCCCAGGGCACCGUCCCUGUCCACAGUGGAGCCCAAGAGGGAGCAGGAUGGAGGCCCCAUCAGGGAGGAGAGCAGACUGACCGUGCCGGAGGGGGCCGUGCUUCGUGGAAAAGGAACUUCUUCUCCACAUUUUCAGAUGACGAAACUCAGGCAUAUAGACAAAUGGUCCAAGGUCACCGAACUAAGUGCAAAUUUGAGCCCAGGCAGUCUGUGCUCCAACCUAGGCUCUUCUCAUCAACAUCUCUCCAGUUUGCCCCCUCUCCUCACCCGCUCAGCCCUCCCUACACCUAAGCCACAGCCCAGCCCUGGGGCCCAGUCGUCCUGCAGCAGCGACCACUCCCCAGCAGGCAGUGCGGCCAAUACAGAUAGUGGUGUGGAAAUGACUGGAAAUGCAGGGGGCAGCACUGAGGACCUGUCCAGCUUGGAUGAGGGGCCUUGCAUUGCUAGCACUGGUCUGUCCACUCUUCGACGCCUUGAGAACCUCAGACUGGACCAGCUACAUCAACUUCGGCCGAUGGGACCUCGGGGCCUCAAACUGCCCAGCCUGACCCAUACUGGCACCGCUGUGUCCCGCCGCCUCGGCCCCCCAGUUUCUCUUGACCGCCGCAGCAGCAGCUCCAGCAGCGUCAGUUCAGCCUAUACCGUCAGCCGCCGCUCCUCCCUGGCCUCCCCUUACCCCCCUGGCUCCCCGCCCGAGAACGGGGCAUCCUCUCUGCCCGGCCUCACCCCUGCCCAGCACUACCUGCUCCGGGCAAGAUAUGCUUCAGCUAGGACAGGUGGUACCCCACCCACAGCAGCACCCAGCCUGGAUCGGAUGGGGAGCCUUCCUGCACCUCCCUGGAGAAGCCGAGCUGAGUAUCCAGGAUACAACCCCAGCGUAGGGGUCACCCGGAGGGCCAGUGACCCGGCCCGGGCUGUUGACCGCCCUGCCCCAGCCAGAGUCCAGCGGUUCAAGAGCUUGGGCUGUGUCCACACGCCCCCCACCAUGGCAGGGGGAGGACGGAACUUCGAUCCCCAACUCCCAACUGCCGUCUACUCACCACAGCCCCCCAGCAUCACUGAGAAUGUCGCCUUGGAUACCAGAGGGCUGCAGGAGGAGCCAGAAGGUGGGACCUCCAUGAUAGGCAGUGGCCUAAACCCCUAUAUGGACUUCCCAUCCACUGAUACUUUGGGAUAUGGGGAACCUGAGGGGGCAGCGGCUGAACCUUAUGGAGCUAGGGGUCCAGGCUCCCUGCCUCUUGGGCCUGGUCCACCCACCAAUUAUGGGCCAAACCCCUGUCCCCCGCAGGUCUCCUAUCCUGAACCCCCCCCAGAACCAUGGGCUGAGUUCCCUUCCCACUCCGGGCUGUACCCAGGCCCCAAGGCUCCAGCUGGAGUCUACAGUCAGUGUCCUCGUCUUGAACAUUACGGACAAGUGCAGGUCAAGCCAGAACAGGGGUGUCCAGUGGGUUCUGAUUCCACAGGACUGGCGCCCUGCCUCAAUGCUCAGCCCGGUGAUGGGCCUCCUCGCCCACAGCCUCUGUUCUCCCACUACCCCCAGCCUCCGCCUCCCCAAUAUCCCCAGGCAGGUGCCUAUACCCAGCCACCCCCUGAUUAUCUUCCUUCAGAGCCCAGGCCUGGCCUGGAUUUUGAUUCCCCCACUCACUCCACAGGGCAACUCAAGGCUCAGCUGGUGUGUAAUUAUGUUCAGUCUCAACAGGAACUGCUCUGGGAGGGUGGGGGCAGGGGAGAUCCCCCAGUCCAGGAACCUCUCUACCAGAGUCCCAAGUUUCUAGGGGGUUCCCAGGUUAGCCCAAGCCCUGGCAAGGGUCCAAUGGCCACAUAUGGACCUGGCUUUGCACCUAACUUGCCCAAUCACAAGUCGGGCUCCUAUCCCGCCCCUCCACCCUGCCAUGAAAAUUUUGCAGUGGGGGCAAACAAGGCCCCCCAUAGGGCAACAGCACCACCCCGACUUCUGCCCCCACUGCCCACUUGCUAUGGGACCCUCAAGGCAGGGAGCACCAACCCCAGUUGUGGUCAUCCUGAAGUGGGCAGGCUGGGAGGGGGUCCUGCCUUGUACGCUCCUCCUGAAGGGCAGGUGUGCAACCCUCUGGACUCUCUUGACCUUGACAACACUCAGCUGGACUUUGUGGCUAUUCUGGAUGAGGCCCAGGGGCUGAGUCCUCCCCCUUCUCAUGAUCAGGGGGACAGCUCUGAACACACCCCACCUCCCUCUGGGCCCCCCAACAUGGCUGUGGGCAACAUGAGUAUCUUACUGGGAUCCCUGCCUGGGGAGACACAAUUCCUCAACUCUAGCACCUGAAGAGUGAGGAAUCCCAGGAAUCCCAGAUCCAUUUCCUAAGGGGUUUCCAUUCCCUCAGAGAAGUUGGGAUGAGGAGCCAUAGCCCCCUGGGAUGCCCCCGGGAUGGGAGGUAUGGGUUGGGGCUCUAUACCUUCUGUAUAUGUUUUGGGGAGGAAUUUGAUAAUGACACUGUUUCUGGAUAAUAAAGGAACUGCAUCAGAAAGC